GGUUGAUGACGGCCUGAUUACUCUUGUUAUCGACGCAAUCAUCUUCGUCUGAACUGUACUCCUCCAGGACACCGUCGCAAAAGUGCAAGACCCUUUUUGGGGCCUUUACCUUCACUGUAGCGUUUUGGCCUUCGGCUUCGUUCGUGACUAAGUUAUCUUCGGGGCGGAUGAGCACCAUUUUUUCGGUGUUUUAUUCACAGGCUUUUAAAAAUUUACCACUCCCACUUCCACCCAAAUGACAUUGACAUGCUUUUUGUUUUGUUUGUGUUUGACUGACAUUGACAUGUGUCAAUGUUUGUAUUGAUUUCAGUGUUACCAAUACAAAUUGGUAACUAGAUGUUGUCGAUCGAGUCGAGGAGUUGCGCGUACAAUUGGAGCAUGCGCGUUGCAAAGGGGGUUUUGAGGGGGUAACGGUGAUUGGCAUUACUGAUCGAGUUUCCUGACAUUUCCUGUCUGUUUACAAUCGGUGGCAUGUAAACAAUUUUGUCCUAAUAUAAAGGGGAUAUAUUUAAGGUGUGGUUGGUUUUAAAAAAUGUUGUAAAAAUGGGUAAAUCUAAUGCUGUUAAACCAUUUUUAAACGAAUAUAAAGUGUGUGUUAUGUGAUUUUUGUAUGCAUGUAUCAUUUGUUUGCGUUGGAAUCGGUUUAAAUGUCACAAGGUUUAGGUUAUGCUCCAGUGAUCAUACCAGAACUGCCUAUAGCCCCUUUUUAAACCUGAAAUGAGCAAUUGGGCAGCCAGAAUGCAUAGGCGAGCUGCCACUUUCGGUAAUGUGGUUACUUCCUGCGGCCACCCCGCAGCAGCUUUCCCUAGGAGAUUAGAAAAAGUCAAAUUCGGCGUUCCACUAGAAGAAGUGUGUAAGAAUGAUAUUCCCGGACCACUGCUGGUACUGAUCCUGAAACUCAACAAAGAGGCGCCUUACAGGAGGGACGUGUUCCGGGCGCCCGGCCACCAGGGCGCCAUGAAAAAGCUGAUCCACUUCCUCCAAACGGGCAGGCUGGUCAACAUGGACAACUUCAGCGUGCACACCAUCGCCAGCGUGCUGAAGAAGUUCCUCAGAAAGGUCCCCGGCGGCGUGUUCGGCAAAGAGAUCGAAAACAGGUUCUUCGAGAUCCUCGAAAUCUUGGAUUUCAGGGAACAGCAGGAGGAAAUACACAAGAUCAUCACGUCGUUGCCCACGUACACGCAAAGGCUGCUAGUUCUGUUGUUCGGCACGUUUAGGGUGAUAGCAUCGAAUAGCGAAAAGGCCUCGACGGGCAUGACCAGCGAGGCGUUGGGGGUGAGCGUGGCGCCGAGCUUCUUCCAUUCGUGCGUCAGCGACGGCAAAACGGCCCGAAUGGAGGACGUGACGAAGUUCAAGGUCGCCUCGAGGGUGAUGAAGCACCUGAUCGAAGAGUUUACCAACUCGAACCUGUUCGGCAGGGAGAACUACGAGUACUACGCCAGGGUGACGGGGCGCGUGCUGAGAGUGCAGGGCGAGUGGAUAUGUUCGUUCCAGUACCCGCCGCCCCCGACGAACGGGUCCUUUCCCAACGAGUACACGGCUUUAGAUAGAUACUUGCUCGCCAUGUCACAGGUAGAAGAAUGCCAAUCGACACCGACUCUAAUUGAAGCCGGGAUACAGCCCCAGGUCAGCCUGACUUCGUUGGGAAUCAUCGUGGGACACGAGUUGCUCGAGUCCUGCACGAGACUGUCCGUUUCUUUGGAACAAAACGGCAUAUUUAAGACCAACACAUCUCGUUCGCUAAGCACGAGCCAAUCCUCGAAAUUGAGCCAAAACCACUCGGGACUGAAAAUGACCUUAGACGAAUUGAAAGCGGUUAAUAAAUACGCAGAGAGCACCAGAAGUUUGAGCUAUUUGUUGCAAGUGCACGAAAGGCAAACGGAGAGAAUGAAAACUCGAUCCCAGUGGUUCUUGGGACCAGCCGUAGACUGCGCUAGUUGCCGCAAUUCCUUAGACUUUCCACUCAACGAAAUGGACGUUUCCGCCCUAACUAACGCGUUUUUGAGAAAAUCAUCUUCCGGGACCAUAGUGGGCAUUGCCGGACUGUCCAUAAGCGCUGAAUCUGUCCAGAAAAGACCGAGCGUCAAAAGAACGAAUUCCAGAGAUAAAAGGCUACUACAUAGAUCGACUAGCAGGCGAAACAAGGAGAACAAUCCUCGGCCGAAUAGUCAAAAGGACUUUUGAAAUGUAUAAUUCCAGAAUAAUUAUAAAACUAUAUUUGUAUUAAAUGGUAUUUAUGUGGUUAAUGGGAUGAUAUAGAAUUUUAAGAUUUUUUAUGUAUAUAUUUAAAAAAAAUAUGUCUUGAACUGUAUUAUCUGGUAUAUUUUAAUACCGGUGUAAUUAUCUGUGAUAUUAGUUUUUUAAAAACGAUCGAUGUGUAUUUAAUAUAUAUAUCUUUUUUUUGUUCGAUAUAUUUGUCCUUGUUUUGAGAUUUAUAUUAUACAAUAAAAAUACAUGUAUGUAAAUGUUAAUCCUGACUUUUCUUUCAACAUUUGUUCAACAUCUAACGAAAAACUAACUUCUUAAAAUAGUAAUUUUAAUACAACGAAAAAAAAAAACGAACGAACUCAGGUAUUAUAUGAAAAUUAAAUUAACGAACGCGUUUCGUAACGUACCUAAUUCGAAAUGAAAAUACAUUCCGAACGCCUGAGUAUGUCAAAAUAUAUAAAAAAAAAAUUGCACGAACUUAUCUCGACAACAGCCAUCCGUCCUCGCAUCACGAAUCGUACCCCCUGGGCGACGCCACCGGCGACGGAGGCGGCGGCAGCGGGCUAAAGUACGUCGACGACCGCGAGCUCGGCGACGGCGGGCAGCUCUCCUGGUGACACACUGACCGCGGCGUCGGCGGCGGCGGGAACGGCCCCGCGUCGUACCGGCUCCUCGUCGGGUAGUUGUAGUCGCUCUCGUCGUUGAUGUCCGUCGAGCAGGGCGUCGGCGGCGGCGGCUGGUUGAUCGAGCGGUAGUGCCUGUACGGCCGGUACCGGGACGGACUGCUGCCCCUCGUGGAAGUCGCCGUCGUGACGGGGCUCGGCGGCGGGUUGAGCGUUUCGCAAGGGUAACCGGUCACGCUCGAACCGUUGGUGUUCGAGCUGCUAGAUGCUCCGGUUACGUGGCGAUGGUCGAAAGAACUGGGACAACCGCUGUCGUUCAACAUCGA